UAUUUGGCACCUUCUAGAGACUGAUCUAUGACUUUUUUGGAAGAUCACAGGGUAAAUUUCUUAACAGUCCUCUGUCUUAGUGCUUAUACUAAGAGGUACCAAAGGUGUCCCUGCUGAUAAGCCCUCAGGGCCAUUUCUAAGCUUCUGGUUGUUACCAGAAAACUGGGUUCAUCUCUUGGUGGGUGGCAAGACAAAAGACACAACCAAGCCAAAGAUCAGAAGAAGAAAGGGUCUACUACUUGCAGCAAGGAGAAUACCAGGAUCUUCCCAAAGCGGUGUCCUGAACAGCAAAAUUGAAGCCCUUUUAAGCUAAGGGUUUUGUAGGGUCAGCUUUUGAAAUACUUCAAUCAUGACGAAAAGAGAAGCAGAGGAGCUGAUAGAAAUUGAGAUUGAUGGAACAGAGAAACCAGAGUGCACGGAAGAAAGCAUUGUUGAACAAACCUACACUCCAGCUGAAUGUGUAAGCCAGGCCAUAGACAUCAAUGAGCCAAUAGGCAAUUUAAAGAAACUACUAGAACCAAGACUGCAGUGUUCUUUGGAUGCUCAUGAAAUUUGCCUGCAAGAUAUCCAGCUGGAUCCAGAACGAAGUUUAUUUGACCAAGGAGUAAAGACAGACGGAACUGUACAGCUUAGUGUACAGGUAAUUUCUUACCAAGGAAUUGAACCAAAGCUAAACAUCCUGGAAAUUGUUAAACCUGCGGAAACAGUUGAAGUAGUUAUUGAUCCAGAUGCCCACCACGCGGAAGCGGAAGCACAUCUUGUCGAGGAAGCUCAAGUGAUAACGCUCGAUGGCACGAAACACAUUACAACCAUUUCAGAUGAAACCUCGGAACAAGUGACGAGAUGGGCUGCUGCUCUGGAAGGUUAUAGGAAAGAGCAAGAACGUCUUGGGAUACCCUAUGAUCCCAUACAGUGGUCCACAGACCAAGUCCUGCAUUGGGUGGUUUGGGUAAUGAAGGAAUUCAGCAUGACCGAUAUAGACCUCACUACGCUGAAUAUUUCCGGAAGAGAGCUCUGUAGUCUCAACCAAGAAGACUUUUUUCAGCGGGUUCCUCGGGGAGAAAUUCUCUGGAGUCAUCUGGAACUUCUUCGAAAAUAUGUAUUGGCAAGCCAAGAACAACAGAUGAAUGAAAUAGUUACAAUUGAUCAACCUGUGCAAAUUAUUCCAGCAUCAGUGCAGUCUGCUACACCAACAGCCAUUAAAGCUAUAAAUAGUAGUGCAAAGGCAGCUAAAGUACAAAGAGCUCCAAGGAUUUCAGGAGAAGAUAGAAGUUCACCUGGGAACAGAACAGGAAACAACGGCCAAAUCCAACUGUGGCAGUUUUUGCUAGAACUACUUACUGACAAGGAUGCUCGAGACUGCAUUUCUUGGGUUGGUGAUGAAGGAGAAUUUAAGCUAAAUCAGCCCGAACUGGUUGCUCAAAAAUGGGGACAACGUAAAAAUAAACCUACAAUGAACUAUGAGAAACUUAGUCGUGCAUUAAGGUAUUAUUAUGAUGGGGACAUGAUUUGUAAAGUUCAAGGCAAGAGAUUUGUAUACAAGUUUGUCUGUGACUUGAAGACUCUUAUUGGAUACAGUGCAGCAGAGUUGAACCGUUUGGUCACAGAAUGUGAACAGAAGAAACUUGCAAAGAUGCAACUCCAUGGAAUUGCCCAGCCAGUCACAGCAGUAGCCCUGGCUACUGCGUCUCUGCAAACAGAAAAGGAUAAUUGAGCCCAGGACCUUUUGGGAGUCCAAGGUCUUUCUUAAAUGUUAGAGCAAGUAUUGCUCUUACCUUUAUUACUGAAUUUGAAUCUUCUUUUAUUUCUAGACUGUACAAUCUGUUGCAUGAUUUUUUUAUAAAUAUUUCAUACUCUUGUGAA